AUGCCGACAUGGUUCUGGGUUGAUGCGAAAUGCAACAACUGGAUUUCAGAUUAUGAGUGUCAAAGAGGCAGCGGACAAGUAACGGAGGAAAAGGAGAGACUAAAUCUUCCUGGCGUCAUUCCACCCGCAUUCUACAAAGAAAGCGUGAUGAGAAUGACCAGGGUCAGGGGAAAUGCGAAAUGCAACGAAAAGGUCGAGAUGGCGAGGUCAAACUGGGUCGAAGCUAGAUGGUGGGUACAAAUGGAUGAUCCGAUGAAAAAUGGCGUUGAGAACUAAAAGGUGACAAGAGUAAGACAGCAGGGUGUAUUGGUGUAAGUGGUUUGUAACAAAUUCCAGCUUGACAGACGCCGUCGACGACAGGGAUCGAAGCGAUCUGCAACAAAAUUGA